CCGCCCUUUUGCUUCACUCUUUCAACUUUCAAAGCAUUCCAUAAUCACAAUCCUAUGGUAUUUGUUAUAUUGAGCCAAAUAUAUCAAAAGAAAAAAGAUAGAAGAAGAAAAAAUAGUGCAAAGCCAUGAGUCCAAUAACAAGAGCUAAGAAAAUUAAACAAGAAGAAGAAAAAAGAGAUGAAUUUACUAGAAUAAAUGCUUUGUCACAUAGGCUAAAAAAUCUUGCAACUUUAAAUGAGAUCACUGAUUUCACUCAUCAAUCUGAUUCACUUCGUCGUAGUGUUAGAUUACAGUAUUCUGUGAUUAGAACAAUCAUUGAUGGGAAAAAAUGUGAAAUUGGAGCUGCAGGAUCAAAUAAGUUCAACGUUGUGUUGAGUAGUGUUGAUGACUUGUAUCGCAAUGUUAAAAGGCCAAGAGAGCAAGUGGCGGAUGCAGAGGCCUUACUGGGACUUACAAAUACUGUGGUGGAAUCUCUCGAAUUACGUCCCAAUUGUAGUAUCUCGCCCUCUAUGUUCGUAUCGUGGUUGCUUAAAGGCUAUGGUAUACGAAAAGGAUGUUCAAAGAAUGCGACACAAAAUUUAGUCAUUGGAAAAUCACAAAAAACUGUGAAUUGGGAAAAGAUCGGUGCUGAUGCUUCACUCGUGUUUAUGGAAGGAAAAGGUUGCAGGACAAUGCUUGGAGUUCUAAAAACUGAAUUUAAGCCAAGGAAGCAGCCUGUAGUUUAUAGCGGAGAUCAAAAGCCUCAAGUUUAUCGUUCUUAUCCAAACAAGAUUACAGUUUAUAGGAAAAAGCCUCUGAGGAAGGUCUACCUUACUCGACCAAAAUUGGUUGCUGCUCAAACUGCCCAAGACAAACCUGAUGUUAACAAGAAUAUGUCUACCAUAUCGGAGCUCUUAAAGGAGAAGAAAAGUGUCAUGCUUGACGAACUGUUUUUCAGGAGAAAGUCCUUUGCUCAUACUGUUGAGAAUUUAUUUGCACUUUCCUUUUUAGUACACGAUGGGCAGGCUGCAAUCUCCACUGAUGAAACUGGUUCUCGCUUUCUAUGCGAGCUAGUUCAGCGCAGCAGUGCACAUCGUGAAGCUGUACGCCACCAGUUUAUCUUGAGAUAUGGUUACAAUGAUUGGAAGAUGAUGCAAGAUUUAGUGCCUGAAGGAGAAGAGCAGAAGCACAGGGCAUGAGGGCUUGUUCUAAAUAUGGCUCACCUCUAACCAUGGCUGGAAGAAAAAAAAACUGUCAAUUUUGUGCAAUAUCUAGCUGUGAAGUGAAGUGACAUAUUUAUGUAUAAGACGAAUGGAAGCUGCUACUAGGUAAACGGCAUGUUUUUGUAUAUAAUCAAGCUCCGGAAACUGAUCAAGAUCUCUUUUGGGUAAAUAGUAUGCUUAUAUGUAUAUGUAUCUGUUUUAAGCUGUGUAAGCUGAUCCAGAAAUUGUCCUGUUUAUAUGUAAUACAUUGUAAGCUGUGUAAGCUAAUCAGCAUCUAGUUUGGGUAAAUGGCCAGUUUAUAUGUAUAUAUAAUACUAGUU